UUUGUCGUUACUAUGCUACCAAAAGCGGUUUUCAAAUAUUUUAAUUUCUAGCAAGUCAGCCAUUAGGACUGUACCAAUGUAUCAUUUGAGGAAAAUCUACCACCAUACAUUGUCAUAUGUAUCAUUGGGCCCGAAAGAAUCGCCUUUAUCAAGAGUAUUAUUUAGCUAUCACAUCGAUAUGACAAUUGUGGCGAAUUAAUAUUCCACUAAAAGGUAUUUGGGGACUAGAGUCUGGUAAAAACUUUGAAAGAUAACAUUACCAAAAAGUAAAAAAAAAACGAUUAACGGUGAUACAUAAAAGUUAUAAUAAAUGCGUAAUCUAAUAGCCAAGCAAUUGAAUGCAUGCGUUUAAAUCAAUGAAUGCAAAGAAAAGAAAAGAAUACAAAGCAAUAAUGGUUGCGAUAAGAGAAGCCUUCUUCUAAUUUUAUAGGAAAUGACUUUUUGUUGCUUUACAAAAUUGGUUUGUUUUGUUUAGUUCUACUUAAAAGGAGAUCAGAAAAAAAAGACAGAAGAGCAGUUUUUUAGUAGCUUGAGAACGAAGAGAGUUUUUCUUUGUAACUAGAAGUUCUAUCGGUUCUGUUCCGUUGGUAAUAAACUGGUCAUUCUCUAAUUUCUUCAAAUAACCUUUUCACCUGGGAACUCAAGCUCAUAUCUCUGAGUAAUCUUUUGAUUCUCACCUUUACCUUAAUACAGAAUCAACUAUGAGCAAUCCGCCAAACAGGUCACCAAGAACACCAGGAAAUUACACCCCAGGUCUGUUUACUCAGUUGUUAGGAUACCGUCAAACGCAGGGGCGAUUCAAGCUGUUUGUUGAGAGGAAGAUUCCACAUAGAGGCUAUAUUGCCUAAAUAUUUUCGUUUAAACUUUUUAGCUCCCCCAUACUUUUUCACCGAUUAGCGUAAUUGCUUGAAUAAGCGCAGUGUUAAUAAAAAAAAAAAAACCCUGAAGACCUUUACAGAUAUUAGCGCAAUAGAAAUGAGGGUAAAAACAAGAAGCAAACUGACGUUUUUGUUUAAAAAUCAGGUCAAUAAGAUUGUCAGUGAUGGGUCAUCAAUUGGCCGCAUGCUGUGUUUUGAUGUCUGCACUGGCGAUGAAAGGUUGCGUUGGCGCGACGUCACUAGACAUACCUGGUGACGUCAUCAUUGGGGGUCUUUUCCCGGUUCACCUCAAAAACCAAAAAUCAGAGAACAGCUGCGGACCAAUCAGCACUCAGCCAGGGUUCCAGUACCUCGCGGCCAUGCUAUUCGCACUCGAGCUAAUCAAUAAUAGCUCGACUUUGCUCCGUAACAUCACACUCGGAGCGAGCAUCUACGACACUUGUCAAAGCCAAACGAUCGGGGCCGACCACGCGAAGGAUAUAAUCAAGGAGUCUCUUUUAACAAAUAACAAGCUUCUAAAAGGCGUGGUCGGGCCUCUUGUGAGUGACGUUUCCAUAGCGACGGUACAAUUACUUAGAGUAUUCGGGCUCCCACAAGUUAGCUUUGGUUCAACGAGUCCAGACCUGAGUAACAAAGAUCUAUAUGGCAGCUUUUUUCGGACGGUCCCCCCGGACUCUUUUCAGGCAGAAGCUUUGGUGGACAUUCUAGAACAUCAUGGCUGGAAUUAUAUAAUUACCAUCAACUCAGCGGGGAAUUAUGGCGAGAAUGGCAUGUCUGCGAUAAUCAAAAUCACCGAGAAAAGAGAUAUUUGUAUUGCCGCCACCUUCACUGUGCCGCCACUUUCGACUGAUGCUCAUUACGAGAGGAUUAUCCGUGAAAUAGCGCAGGCGAGGUUCGAUGCAGUAAAUAUCAUAGUAGUCUUCACAACGCAGACCGACUCUGCGGGCCUUCUUUCCGCGGCUGCGCGCCUGGGCGCCACGCGAUUCACGUGGCUUGGCAGCAAUGGAUGGAGUAAUAGAAUGACAGUUACCAUAGGUAACGAGAUGGUUGCUAACGGUUCAAUUACUGUCAAUCAUAUGGAUGGGCAGGUGGCAGGAUUCGAGGAGUUUUUCAGUUCGAUGAACCCAAUUAAUAAUCAAAACAUCCCGUGGAUUGAUGAAUUUUGGGAGAAUUGGUUCAAAUGUGACCUUCCCGGGGGUAAACCAACUUUCUAUAAAAACUGUACUGAAGACUUGGUGUUACCAAAAAUGGAGGUGGCACCAGUCCGAGUUGUCAUCAACGCGGUGUACGCCUUUGCGCAUGCUCUAGAUGACAUGCAGCGCGCAUUGUGUCCUGGAAAGGUUGGAUUAUGCGAAGCCAUGAUAGCCGAUUCUAGUGGCAAAACGCUCAUCGACUUUCUCAGGAAUGUGACAUUUCCGGACGCGUCGUAUGGAUGGCCUGUCCGGUUCAACAAAAACCAGGAAAUGGACGGAAACUACAGUAUCAUGAAUUUUCAAUAUCAAAAUGGGAAGUGGAUUUACGAGAAUGUGGGUUCGUGGAGUUGGGGUGACGAGAGCGACAAUGUGCGAAUGGAACACUUGAUCUUAGAGAGCCAGAAAAUAAGCUGGGGAAAAGGCAAGCUUAGUCCUCCUCAUUCUAUCUGCUCUGCGCCCUGUCAAUUCCCCCAGAUACGCAAUCAGCUCCCUGUCAAUCCCAAGUGCUGCUGGGAAUGCUCCUUUUGCGACGAGCAUCAAAUUGUGGUGAAUGACAGCUGCCAGUCAUGUUUACCAGGGCACCGCCCCUACACGAACCACAGCAUGUGCGUAAAGCUGCCUGUUGUGCACCCGAGCCUUGGGGAGGCCAUGGGCAUCACCUUCGCCGUCUGGUCGUGUCUUGGGAUGCUUGUGACCUUAGCUAUCUGUGUGUUUUUUGUGAAGUCUCGGGAGCACGAGGUUGUAAAAGCAGCCGGGAGGGAACUUUGCGCCAUCAUUUUGCUGGGUAUCAUGCUAUGCUAUGCAUCGAUCUUCACAAACUUGGUCGAACCAGACGCCAUCACCUGCACUGUGGAACGUUUCUUUAGCUCUGUCUGUUACACAACGUGUUACGCCCCGCUUCUCAUGAAGACCAAUCGCAUCUACAGGAUCUUCAGCCGUGCCCGAAAGGCGGCCUCACGACCACACUUAACUAGUCCGACCUCUCAGGUGCUCGUCACCGCAGGACUGAUAGCAGUUCAGCUAUUGCUAACCACGGUCUGGACCAUAUCGUCCCCUUCUCAUAUCCACAUCACCUACGAGCGGCUCACGAGGACAGUAAUAAGCUGUGAGAGCCACGGGGGGAUGCUAGCACUCAACCUUAGCUAUAAUAUCCUCUUAAUGCUUGUAUGCACUCUGUUCGCUUUCAAGACUCGUAACUUCCCGAGGAACUUCAACGAAGCUAAGUACAUCGGAGUCAUGAUGUACCUCACGUGCGCCGCCUGGAUUAUCUACCUUCCCAGCUAUCUUAACACGCAUGACGUCUGGGCGCAUGUCUACCUCAACUGCGGCGUCUCUGUAACCAUAGCAACAAUUACUUUGGCGGGUAUAUUCGCGCCUAAAGUUCACGUAAUAAUUAGUGGGGACAGAAAGGUUGGGGAUGUCGCUCAAAAGCGACAAUUCGCGACGCUGCAAACCCGAACUCCUGUACUUGAAGCACGCAGUGCAUUAUGCGUUGGAGAUUCGAGCAUGCUUUAUGUGUCUGACCGCUGACUGCUGGCUCAAGUAGGAGUAGCUCCCUCGAUAGUGGCUUUUCGACUAAGCCGAAUGAGACGCCAAGGAUUGAGUCGCUCCCGAAUUAUCUAUGUUCCAAGGGGGCCCAAGGGCUGGGACCAUGGAAACUAGGAGUAUUAGGAGGCACGAAAAAGGCUCAUGUAAAUGACACAAAACAAGCAAAACCUGGCAUAAAGACCUUACAUCUCGUUCGAAAUAACUAUGACGAUGUAAAAAUGACCUCGAAAAAUAAUACUGCGAACCAGUUAUGAUGUAAUAUCAUAUGGCAUAAAUGACUACUAUCACUUUCGAAUAGAGAAUUCAUUUCCUGACUAAACUUUAUUUUCCUUCAAACAGGAAACGCUCUUCCGAGCACUUGGCCAACUCAAAGCAACCUUAUCCGCACGUAAUAAAAAUACUACUAAACUAGAUAAUUAGAAUGGGACGAUAUUCAACAGCUCAGAAGAACACAAACAGCAUCUAUUUGCAGGUAAAAGCCUAGCUACCAUAGCGACUAAAAUAAACCGUCGAGGCAGCCGCAGAUCUCUGUUCCCUAUGAGAUAUAAAGAGAGAUAAUCGAUCUCAGCAUGUUUGCUCCCUCAAGGAGGAUAAUGAGCUAAACUAGAUAAUUAGAAUGGGACGAUAUUCAACAGCUCAGAAGAACACAAACAGCAUCUAUUUGCAGGUAAAAGCCUAGCUACCAUAGCGACUAAAAUAAACCGUCGAGGCAGCCGCAGAUCUCUGUUCCCUAUGAGAUAUAAAGAGCGAUAAUUGAUUUCAGCAUGUUUGCUCCCUCAAGGAGGAUAAUGAGCUUGCUCGCGAAAACAAAACAUCGAUGAGUCGAUAACCUGCAAGGGGUAUCGCUUUUGGCGUGUGUAUUUAAUACUAUAAUAGCAAUACCAUCUUUGAAGAGAAAAAAAAGACUAUUUAAGAACUAGCAGGUGCUUUUUGAGAUGACGUUAAUAGCAGAAUUACAGGCGCCCCUCAUGCUGCGGUUGCAUCAGAAAGUAUUUCUACGUUUUAUUCUAAAAUGCUUUUUUUACAAAGUUUAGUUGCUCAUUCUUUGUUUCUAUUUUUUAUUUGGUGGCUUUGCCUCUUGCUUAUUUUCUUAACUUGCUUGUUUAAAAUUUUUCGAGUGGAUGUUUAUUUUCGUUGUCUUGGAAAACCCCUUUGGAUAUCCACGGUCGGUUCCUUAGAAGACUCUAGAAUAUUUCGUAUUUUGUUAAAAUACCUAUUCGCUAAUAAUAAAGUAUAUUCAAUCAAAUUCAAAUAGUACCCAAGCGUUUUACACGAUUAUCCUUACGAUGAAAAUCGUUAGCGCAUGUUUGGGAAAGAAGGCUGAUGACUCACUUGAGACCACUCAUGGAUAACACUUUGCCGAAAGGGAAAUGAUUACCAAACCCUCCCCAAUCUUACGAAGACUUUUACGAUAAUAUCGGCCGGCCUCCUGGGAGGUGUGUCACCUAUUAUCAACUUGACAGAUCAGCAACAUCGUCAAGCAUUAGCAUAUGACACCAGGUGCAAGAGGAGAUUUUUUUGUCGAUUUUAUCCAAGGAAUCAGAAAAUGCAUGGUGCUUUGAUGUGUACCUAAUAGUAGAUAGCGACUUUCCUUUUGAUCAACAUAAAAAUAGCAAUGUUGUUAAAAUCUGGCAAUAUUUGAAUAACAUGUGGCGCGCAAAAGCUCAGUCUGCCAAUCAGAGUCCGGAAAACUGUUAUGAAUCUUUUUGGGUUGCUGUUAAUUACGCUGGCAUAAAUACUAACUGCGACUUAAAUAGUGCAUCACUCCCUUUUGUCGAAACUGAUACGGUGGUGGAUUUCCCGAAGCACAUCAAACCACUAUCCGACAUGAAUUCGUCUAACGUUACCGGAGUGAGUAUAACGACAAAUCCGUACGCACUGGCCGCUAUGCAGUUUACAACGGUCUACUGGGUAUUCUACAAUAUCAUCGCCAUCAUCACAAUCAUCGGUAACAGUCUGGCGGUCUAUAUCCUAAUAUCAAGACCCUAUCUUCUGCAUCAGACCUCCCCCAAUGGUCGUUUUUUUCUCUCGCUUGCAGUCUCUGAUCUCCUCGUUGGAAUCUUCCCUUUUCUCUCUGUCCAAAUCUGCGUAUUUGGCACACCUUGUAAUAGCACUAUUUGGGCAGUGAUUGCAUUUCUAGUCAAGGUUGUUAUCAACAGUUCCGUGACGAGCUUAUGCCUAUUGACCAUGGAUCGCUACUGGGCAGUGGUGCACCCGUUCUCUCACAUCACGAUGGAAGGACAUAUCAGUACUUUGAUUUCCAUAGCAGUGGCUUGGAUAGUUCCACCGAUUCUCGAACUACCAUUCCUUCUAAAAAUGCUUGGGUUCUAUACAAACAAGACUCUUUUUGGUUACCGAAUAGUUUACGAGGUGAUAACGACCUGCUUACCAAUCAUCUUCAUGGUUUACGCAUACACUAGGAUCAUCCUAGUGGUCAGGAAACAUCGCCGAGAGAUAAGGGCACAAAACGACCUGACUACCUCAGCAACGAUUCAUUCUGGCGAACAAUUAAGCCAAGACCAUUCGGCUCCACCAAGACGCAACAGGCAUAAGGAUCUCACUGCAAUCGGAAUAGUCGUUGCGAUCUUUCUGGUCUGUAACAUCUUUUCGUUGUUUUGGAUGAGUUGCGUCUUUCUAAUUGCUUCGUGUCGACCGGCUGGCUGGCUUACCGACACCACGGCCCUGGUUAGGUACCUGAACUCUGCGCCGAACUUCUACGUCUAUGCCGUGAUGAAAACUGACUUUCGCAGGGAGGUAAAAACUUUGUUUCGUCAUUCUUAAAGAGCGUGAAAAGUUAAUUAAAGAAUAUGAGAAUAAAAUUGGACGUAUAUGAAAGAGAAAUCCGAUAUAAAAUAAACAUUUUACAUAAUUACGGGUGUUAGACUCGACAGUAAAAAAGAACUCAUUAAAUUUACCAUUAAACUGAAACUGAGUGGUAUAAAAAAAUUACUUGGUGAAAAAGCAAAACAGAUUUUCGGAAUUAUCGCAUGCAUAGUUACCGUAUUGAUAACCUGCGAGAAUAGAUAAAUUGAUAAAUAAAGACUUCAAUAAAACGAAAAUUAAUUGUUCGAAA